CUCAAGCCUAAAGUACUGUCAGGAUUUUCCCUUUCGCUCUUCCCCCCUUUCUCUCUCUGCUUCUCUUUUCUCCUCAUCCGCCUCGCUCCGCCUCCACAGGCCACGGCCUCAACCACCUGGUCUGAGCUAGACCCGGUCGCUUGUCCGAGGUGGUGGUCGUUCGUUCGUUAGUUCGGUCGUGCGUUCCUCUUCCUCCUCCGACCCAGCUCAGGGCGGAGUGGCGGUGACGAAGCCGGAGGCAAGGCCCUUCAAGUUUAUCGUAGACACGCGGACCGAGGAGGUCCUGCUGGUGCCCAAAGUAUACUACGAGCCGCUGGUGAUGUCCCUCCUGCCGGACAACAGCUACGGGGCGCUCUGCAAGAUGCAGAAGGACGAGGCUCGGACAGUUGACUGUAACUGCUCCGUGCUGGAGGACCGGAUGCUGCUGCCCCUGAGGCUUGCCUUCGGAGGCCGGCACUUCGAGGUGCCCCUGCAGCAGCUCUUUGCGCGGAGCCCCGCGGCCAGUGGCGGCGGCCAGGACGACGGCCCCGGCGCCGGGCGCUGCGCGCUGCGCAUCCGGCAGAAGGCCGAGGCUUUCCGGCGCGAGGCGGGCCCCAGAAGGCUGCACGGCGCCGGGGCCCUGGCGGACGGCGCUGCGGAGGGCGAGGACGACGAGCCGUGGAUCCUGGGCGGCGGCUUCCUGCGCCUCUUCGUGGCGGUGCUCGACUUCGGGACGGGGCGGCUCGGCAUCGCGGAGACGCCGGCCGUGGGAGGACCGGCGGUGCCAUGCCCCGCCGCUCGCGCCCGUCCCGUGGCCUUGGUCCGUGCCGGCGUCUCGCCCUAGUUUUCUGUCGAGCUGUUAUCCCCGCCUCCGCAGUGGGGGCAGAGCAAGACAAGAGCCCCGGAUCGCAUGCGUCGGCUCUGUGGCAGGCACCUCAGCUUGCAGGUGUCGGGGUUCAGCGCAAUCUGGGCUCGGCCAGAGCGCCCGAUCCUGCGGCAUCACGCAAAGCCAGCUUUUGGUUGAGCCGGACUUGGGGGCUGCUGGCGGCUCUGUAGGUGCCCUGGCACAUGUUGGCCGAGCCGUGUUUGCAAAGCACCCCCAAGAAAUGUAGCGCAGUUGUUUUUGUCUUGGCUGGGCCGGGCUUGCGCUGAGCCCAGGUAGUCCACGCCCGAAUAAUGUCGUACCAGCGGGGGCCCGAACUUCUUCUUCCCGCCCCCGUCAGUGCAUCGUCGGUGGAUAAGCGACGCGGUGCGAUUCGGAGGCUUGA